CAGUCUGUUCUUCCACACACCAGCCGAGAAGUUCUCCGGGGCACUCAUUGCCGUCGUAUCGUGGGUAUUGCUGCCCAAGGGUGGAUAGCAACAUUGCAAUCGCAGACAUAGCAAUGAAAGACGCGAGCACGAGCUGCGCAUGGUAGUACGCGCGCCGUCCUCGCUCGCCAUCUAUUUUCCUGCGCAAGCAACACGCAGAAGAAGUAGCCGCGGAUGACCGAGCCCCGUUUCUAUUCGCGGUGGGCGACGAGCGACGAAGUAGCAGACCGCUGCGACUGCCGACGGAUGAGAAGAAGAGUGCAGCGCGUACGAGAGAGCCGACGUCAGUCUCGAUCUGGUUUGGUCUCAGUCUGCCAGCCUAGCGCGACGCAAACAACACUUCUUUGCUGCGUGCUUGUGGGCUGUGAGCUGCUGCGAAAGAAAGAGAAAAGCAGUUUUCGAACCAGGCGGGACUAUGGAGCAGCAGAGGCGGGAAGGAGCGAAGAGCGGCGGGCGGCGGGCGGAGAGACACGGACUCGACGGCGCAGAGCAACCAGGGAGAGAGCUGUGGGUGGUGAGGCGAUGUGGUGGGCGCUUUCGACUCGAGGCGAGCGAGGGGCAGAGAGGAAAGGGCAGCAGAGGCGCCUUCCUUGUCCGCGGCCGGCGGGGCGGGCGUCUCGCCUCUCGUCUCUGCCUGCGUAUUGGCUGUCGAUCUGGCGCCGUCGCUCCGAUGGAAUGGAAACGUUGACCGGCCAUCGUCCACCUCUUCCUGCUGCUCUCAAUCUCAUCGACUGGCCACGCCACGCUACGCUGAGAAUCACUUCCUUUCCUUCCUCUUUCAACCAACUCCCUUCUCUAGUCAUUGCAGUAGCGAUAGAAGCCGGCGGACUGCAAAGCUCGCUCGCAUCUUUGAAGACGAAACCUUGUUGCUAGACGACAGAUACACACGGCAGUACGCUCCCACCUCCCACCACCACACGCACGCACACACGCUCUCUCUUUCACCGACAUCGCCAUGUCCUCGACCAAAGUAGACACACUCGUCAUCGGAGCAGGCCCCACUGGUCUUGGUGCCGCUAAGCGUCUUCACCAGCUCCACUCGACGGGCGCCGCUUCCUCCUCAUCCUCGGAGCCUUGGCUGCUCAUCGACUCGUCAGACGAGGCAGGUGGUCUCGCCUCAACGGACGUCACUCAGGAGGGCUUCCUCUUCGAUGUUGGAGGACACGUCAUCUUCUCGCACUACGCC